ACGUAUCUGAAUCAAAGAAAUGAACGUAAUAAGCAAAACUUGGUGUGUGUUAGAGUAAACGAAAAGUGAAGAAGUUAUGGCAUGCUAUUCUACUUCUUCUGUUUCUUCUUCUCUUCGCAUAACAAAUUCAAUGGCUAUGAAUGGUGUUCUCUCAUUCCCUCCCACUUCAUCUCCUAUUCUUCCUUUCAACAAAGCCUUUACCUUUGUUUCUAUGCGUGCUUCAAUUAAGCCACCCACCAACUCAUUUCAAGUAAGAUCAGUGGCUACUCCUACAGAAUCUGUUGCGGGGUUUGACGACAUGGUUGCUGGAACUGAGAGGAAGUAUUACAUGCUAGGUGGGAAAGGAGGGGUAGGGAAGACAAGUUGUGCUGCUUCACUUGCUGUUAAAUUUGCAAAUAAUGGACACCCGACUCUUGUGGUUUCCACCGAUCCAGCUCACUCUUUGAGUGAUUCUUUCGCUCAGGAUCUGACAGGUGGGGCAUUGGUACCAGUGGAUGGACCUGAUUAUCCACUUUUUGCUCUUGAAAUAAACCCUGAGAAGGCUAGGGACGAUUUUCGCGAUGCAUCUAAACAAAAUGGUGGAACUGGAGUCAAAGAUUUCAUGGAUGGCAUGGGUCUUGGAAUGAUAGUAGACCAGUUAGGAGAGCUAAAACUGGGAGAGUUACUUGAUACACCUCCUCCUGGACUGGACGAAGCUAUUGCGAUUUCCAAGGUUAUGCAAUUUCUUGAAUCACAGGAAUAUAACAUGUUCACUCGAAUUGUAUUUGAUACGGCACCUACAGGUCAUACAUUACGUUUAUUGUCCUUGCCUGAUUUCUUGGAUGCAUCCAUCGGGAAGAUACUAAAGCUAAGACAAAAGAUAGCUUCUGCUACCUCUGCAAUUAAAUCCGUGUUUGGGCAAGAACAAAAUCGUCCAGAUGCUGCUGACAAAUUGGAAAAACUUAGGGAGAGGAUGAUAAAAGUGCGCGAGCUUUUCCGUGACACUGAUUCGACAGAAUUUGUUAUUGUUACAAUCCCCACGGUGAUGGCAGUUAGUGAGUCAUCUAGAUUAAGUGCCUCAUUGAAGAAGGAAAAUGUUCCUGUGAAGAGACUCAUUGUCAAUCAGAUUCUUCCACCAUCCGCAUCCGAUUGCAAGUUUUGUGCUAUGAAAAGAAAGGAUCAAACGCGUGCUCUUGAUAUGAUUCAAAAUGAUCCAGAACUCUCCAGCUUAUCGAUGAUCCAAGCACCACUCGUUGAUGUUGAGAUAAGAGGUGUUCCUGCUCUCAAAUUUCUGGGUGACAUUAUCUGGACAUGACUAAUCACACAUUUAUUCAAGUAAUGAUUUGGUUAAAUUUACUGGAGUUGGCAGUUUUGUGAAGAACCCAUCACUUGAGCGCAUGGCAUCAAGGCUUAUCAGAUGGAUACAGUGAAGUGGUAGCUGCUGGAGGAACCAGAAGUGUUUUUUUUUUUUUACAUUUCAAAAAGAAAGAAACUACUUAUUGUAUAUUCCCUGAUCCACUAAUUUAUAUCUGAAGCUACUUUUUAGCUCUCAUUCCCCAUACAUAUGGGUUUUUUAGUGCUUCUUUUUUUAGGGAGAAAUUUCUCUACCCCAACAUGAUUUCGAAUGUACACAUUGAGAAAAAUAUAAAUUGUGUCAUCUGAAAAUAUACUUUCAAACAAAUUAUGCCGGUUGAAAAUACAUUUCGAGUUAGUUUA